AUGUUCAUCUACUCCAAAGCUUGCACCUGGGGGGUAGCCUACGAGGUCAGCGACUCCCAAAUGGAGGAGUCUCUGCAGUAUCUGAAUGUGAGAGAGGCUGUGCUGGGGGGCUACGUCACCAAGAUGGUGGAGUUCACUCCCAGAGAGAAGUGCCAAGGGUCUCUGCUUGCCCUGGUCUACAUCGCCACCUCUGACAACCCCAUAUACCUUGGGCCUGCCACUCCCACAGAGAUAGCUGCUCAGAUUGCCAUCUGCACAGGCAACACGGGCCACAACAUAGAGUACCUCCUUCGCCUGGCUGAGUUCAUGAGGCUGUACUGUCCUGAGGUAGAGGAUGACCAUCUCUUCUCCAUAGAGGCAGCCGCCCUGGCUCUGCUCAUCUGAACUACCAGGGUCAGGGAUACUCACAUCAGACCAACGAUACGACCACUCAAUGCUACGACACGCCCAACCCUACUUGUUAAUAUGAUCAAUGUGAAGACAAUGACAAUAUGAAGAGAGUGCGAGUCACUACACCUCAUAAAAAGGGUCAACAUGUCAUGAUCAUUGUUUUUGUUGUCCAUUGUCUGUGAACGCCCAUGACAUUGAAAUGUUUUAAGCUAAAUGGGCAAUGCGAUUACAAGUAAGGUGCUGUAUGUUUCUCUACAUGGUGUGUAAAGGGAAAUCUGAAAUGUGUAUAUUUUCUGCAAUCUUGUGCAAAAAUGGUGACAGAAUUCACCUUAACCUUUACCAGUAACUUGGUUAAUAAGGACUAUGUUUGUACACAAAUCUGCUUUCUAGUAUAGCCAUGAACAGAAUUUAUUGUAUACUUUGAUUACAUAUCAAAGAAUAACUUAAUCAUACAGUAGUCUCCUAUGGUCUUUUACUAUGAAGACAUAGAGGCUGGCUGAUUGAAGAAUCUACUCAUAUAAAACAGAAAAUUUUACCUUUA